CUUGGCACAUAGUAAGCGCUUAACAAGUACCAUCAUUAUUAUUAUUAUCAUUAUUAUUACUGUACUGGACACUGGAGUAGGCACAAUAUAAGCAGGUAUGUUACAAUCCCAGUCCUCCAUGGAAUUCACAGCCUAAGGGAAAAGGAGAAUAAGUGUCUUAUCCCUGUUUUUACAGAUGCAGAAACCCAGGCAUAGAAAUUUAGUGACUUCCUCAAAGGCCACCCAGGUGGUCUUCUGACCCCCAGGCCCAUGCACCUUCCACUAGACCAUGCAGCUUCUCAGUUUAGCCAAAUCCCUCUGGCACCUACUGAUAUUUUCAGCCUGCACAACUUAUUGUGAUAAUGCAAUACACAUUUUUACCACUUAAUUCAUAAGUGUUAAUUUUGUUUGUUUUUAACCUAUCACCUUUGGUGACUCUCCAUGCUGACAGAGCCCAGUUGUGCAAAUGAUUAGGAUCCUAUUUGAACCAAAACUGAUAUUCAGAAGUCAGAAACUUAGCCAUAUAGCAUCAGACGCCUGGGAAAUGAACUACAUUUCCCAGGAGAUAAAGGUCUAUAUUUUCCAGAGCCAGCUGGAAGUGAGAGCGAAUUAUGCCAGAUGGAGCCAUUAAAUUCAAGCCCUGACUGACAUUUUGGUUCUCUCUCUCCUGCCAUCUGAAGAUCCUGGGAGCCUUGCUGUGGAUCCUUUGUGCUGCUUGAGCUUGCUGUCUUCACCUAAUGGGCUAGAGUAAAGGAAAAAGAAUAAUGAUUGAUGCAGCUGUUGUUUGAAGAUAUGUCAAGAGGAAUGAAGUGUGUUCUCAGUAUCUGAUGUCUAAAUCACUUUUCCGUGAGAAUGAGCAUCAGGCAGAUGGAAAGGUGCCAGGAGCUUGCUCAGUUUGGUGAGGAGCAGGACCCAGAGGAAUGGGAGAAUGGGAUUAUCUCAGAUCCCCAGGAAGGUGGAGUUGGCCAGUAUUGUGGCAGCUAGUAAGUGAGAAGAAAGGAGCAAUUCAGAAGCCCUGUUAAAAAAAUGGGAUCCGAGUAGCACCCAAAAAAGUCUAUGAGGUUGAAGAUUUGAAAACACAAUUGCCAAGAUUUCAGGUAAAUUGUGGUUAUUUUUAGGCAUUGAGUUUGUUGUUUUACAGAGUUCUAGCCGAACAAAACUGCUCUGUGAAUCUACUAUUUCAAUGAGCUCCAUCCAGCUGAGAGUGAAAUUAUGUGUGAAAGCCAACUGAAGCCUCCAUUCCUUUCACAUUGUGCGUAUUCCUAAGACGGCUGUACUUGCUGGCAAUCCUGCUGCAUAAUCAAGAAUGUUGCAUCUGAAGGUCCAGUUUUUGGAUGAUACCCAGAAGAUUUUUGUGGUUGACCAAAAGUCUUCUGGAAAGGGCUUGUUUAACCUGAGUUGCAGUCACCUCAACCUCAUUGAGAAGGAAUAUUUUGGCUUGGAAUUCCGAAGUCCUUCUGGAAAUAAUGUUUGGUUGGAACUUCUAAAACCCAUCACGAAGCAAGUUAAAAAUCCUAAGGAGAUUAUUUUCCAAUUUAUGGUGAAAUUUUUCCCAGUGGAUCCUGGACAUCUGAGAGAAGAACUCACAAGGUAUCUUUUCACCCUUCAAAUCAAAAAAGAUCUGGCCUUAGGGAGGCUUCCCUGCAGUGACAACUGUAUGGCAUUGCUGGUGUCCCAUAUUUUACAAUCUGAGUUGGGAGAUUUUCAUGAAGAAACAGAUCGGAAGCACCUGGAACAGAAUCAGUAUUUACCUAACCAGGAAUGUUUAGAUAACAAGAUAAUGGACUUUCAUCAAAAGCACAAGGGAAGGAGCCCAGCAGACUCUGAGGUGCAGCUGUUGGAUGUGGCAAGGAAGCUAGAGAUGUAUGGGAUUCGGCCCCACCCUGCUAGUGACGGAGAAGGGACCCAGAUCAAUUUGGCUGUAGCCCACAUGGGUGUUUUGGUGCUACGGGGGAAUACGAAGAUCAAUACUUUCAACUGGGCUAAAAUCCGCAAAUUGAGCUUUAAAAGAAAACAUUUUCUUAUCAAACUCCAUGCACAUAUCUCAGGAUUUUGCAAGGACACCUUAGAGUUUACCAUGACCAGCAGAGAUGCCUGCAAAGCUUUCUGGAAGACUUGUGUUGAGUACCACGCUUUUUUCCGACUUUCAGAAGAACCCAAGUCAAAGCCCAAGACUCUUUUGUGUAGUAAAGGCUCCAGUUUCCGCUAUAGCGGAAGGACCCAAAGGCAGCUUUUAGAGCAUGGAAAAAGAGGGAGGCUGAAGAGUUUACCAUUUCAGAGGAAACACUACCCACUUCAAUACCAAGAAAGACAAUGCAGAUCAUCCCCUGACCUCCUGUCUGAUGUGUCCAGACAAGUGGAAGACCUGCUCCUGGUGUACAGCAGCGGUUGCUACCGCAGCAGGAAUGGGACACAUGCGUCGGAGCCCUCCCUAGGCUGCAGCAGAAGGAGGAAUUCUGCAGUCGAGGUGACAUUUGCAGCAGAACUGGAGCGCUCCAGGCCUGAGGCUGACCCACUCCCAUUCCCAUUUCCACUCUACCAGUCUCAGAGCAGUUCGACUUUCCCGCUCAUCUACACUGAGCCCGAUCCCGUCGGCUUCUAUGGGCAGAAGAGCCCUCUGACGUCCUUCCAGGUUCCCUCUGGGCUUGCUGAAACAAACACGUGCCCUUCCCCUGGCCGCACACAGAGUGAGAGGCAGAUAACGUACACGGAUGUGCCUUAUGUCCCCAGCGCCAGCCAGCAGGUGGAGGUUGUUCCGCCCCAGGUAUUUUUCUAUGUGGACAGGCCACCUCAGGUGCCCAGACGCUCUCCCAUCCCUGCUGAGGAAAAGGGCACAUCUCCCCCUGGCCCGACUCUCACCGCUGUGAAAGCUUCCAAGAGAAGUCCAAGGGACUCCAGGCCGAAGGGCUUUCCCCAUGAGGCCAUCCUCAGGAUACACCCCAGAAGCAGUGCCAGCCACAAGCUACAGGCGGAGGCCGGGGCAGGGGCCGAAGCUCCUGAAUACUGUGUCCAAGUCCAAAAUCCCCAGCGCUCACGGAGCCAUUCGGACAUGAAAGCCAUCCGUUUUCCAUUCGGCUCAGAGUUCCACCCCCUGGGACCUUGCCCUCCUCUAAGUAGGAAAGCUAAUUUCUUGACAUAUAUGUUUGCAGAGGAAGAGUUUCCUGACAUAUCGAGGGGCAGAGCGGUGCUAGGACGCUACAUGGGUAGCGAGUCCAGCGACUCUGAAUCAGAGCUGCUUAACCCAGACCACUGUUCUUUACAUGGCAGAAAACCAAGGUCACCUGUGACCAGAAUCCGUUUGUCUUCUGGGAGCUUCCAACUGGAUGAUGAUGAUGAAGAGGAUCCCUUUAACCCAGCUGGCACUGAAGGGAGAACUUCGCUGCAAAGACCCAGUUAUUUUUUAGCUUGAACACUGCCCUUCAUCCACUAAGACACUGCUUGCUGGAAGACUAGAGUUUGAGGAAAAACACAUUCAAUCCGAUGUCUGCUGGUAAGAGAGAAGCCAUUGCUUGUGGCCUUCAACUCCUCUAUGACAGGACUUUGCUGCAGGUUAAUACCUUCCGUUGUUAAUUUGCUGUGGACAAAUUCUCAUUCAGGAAUGGUGGAUUAGUUUCCAAGUGGGAAUCGUUUUAUUCUUCCUCAGUCACAUUUUUGCCUCUGCUUUUACAGAGGAAGCUGACUACUUGAACUAAUUAAUACUGAAGCUCCAGCAACUAAUUGAAAGAGAUUGAGUUUAGGGCCUGAUGUUUGUUGCUCUUUUAUCUGAGCAUCGGCCAUGGAGCUAAGUGGUUUCCCACCAGCAUCUGUAAUCAUUUACUUACCUUAGGGAGUGUGAAGUGUUCCUGGCCCCUUCCAGUAUGAUGAAUUACUGUGGCCCAUCUCACUGCCAGGCAGUCCAGAGCUGCUAAAGAGAUGCAUGGAUAACUGCGGGAGAAGGGCUAGGACUCUCUCUCUUUCUCUCCUCUGCCCUUUUGUUUUUGUAUUGGCAGGAAGAGGAGGGAAAGGGGUUGUUAAGCUCUCCAGCCCCUUCCUGCAAGUCAGCAGACAGUCCACCAUGGUGGAUUCUCAAUUACAAAGUCAAACAAUUAGCUGUACUUAGAGUGAUUAUUGGGUGCAGAGCACUGUAUUAAGCACUGGGGUAGAUACAAGAUUAUCAGACUGGACACUGUUCCACA